UCAAGCUAAAUACUAUUUAACCUCACUUUUUUAUUGAUAAAUUUAAAUUCAGUUCUAUGAUUUAAAAAAAUACUAUUUAAUUUUGUUGUCUUUAAUUAUAUUAUGUUACUAUAAAAUGGAAAAUUCGGCCCCUUCUCUUGCAAUCACUUCAAACAUGUUACUCGCCGAAUGUUGCAAUAUUUGUGGAAAAAAGCACAAUAUUCAAGAUUGUGAUUAUGUACAAAUUUUGAAACAUGUUCCAGAUAAUGAAAUACCAUCCAGAGCUAAGCUCACUUUACCCAAGUUUUUAAGCACACGAAUUCUAAGUGAUGGAUCAUAUGCUACAAUUACCAAAUCUACAAUAAAUAAAGGAACGAAAUUUGGCCCCUUUCAGGCAGAAAAGACCAAUACUUUAGAGCCUACGAUAACGUUCCCUUUAAAAGUUUUUGAGGAAAACAAUUGUGAAUAUUUUUUAGAUGCCACUAAUGAAGAAAAGUGCAGUUGGUUGAUGUUUGUAGGACACGCUGACUAUGCGGAAGAACAGAAUUUAAUCUGUUAUCAGGACUCAGGUGAAAUUUACUACGUUGCAAUUAAAGAUAUCAGAAUUGGAGAGACUCUUAAAGUGUGGUAUGCACCCUACUAUGCCCAAAAAAUGAAUAAACCAGUAUUAUCCCCAAAAACAGACGACGAUCCUUUAAAAAAUGUCGACAUCGAUUAUUUGAUUAAAAAGCAACAAAAAAUAACGGAACGGAAAGUGUGGACUUGCAAGUUUUGUAGUCACAUCGAAAAUAAUAUUGCUUUAUUUGCGAAGCAUAUCCUGAAACAUUAUACUGCUCAACACAAAAACAAGUGCGAAUUGUGUAAGAAAACAUGGGGAUCAAAGAAAGCGUUAAAAAAUCAUUUAAAAAUCGUCCACAAAAUGUUUAUGACUUCGUCUAGUAAAACAUCGAAAAGUAUUGUUUCGCCUACUAAAACUGAUUCUAGGGAUGUUGUACUUGGGGGUCCUUUAUUGAACGAUAUGUUUACGGAUAGUUCAGAUUUGCAACAAUUUGAUCUUCUAGAUAAUCAAAAUUUAUUACUAGACAGUGAUAAUCUAACAGUAGAAAACCUGCUUAAUGACAAUGUUAAAGAUUUGGACCAUUUCAAUUUCGAAAUAGACGAUAGUCAGAAGCAAUUUAUUUGUGAUAUUUGUUUUAAGCAAUUUAACAAAAUGAAGCUAUUAAUCGUGCACUUGAGGCAACAUACGGGUGACUUUAUGUGUUUUAAGUGUCUAAAGAUCUUUUGUCGGAAGGAAAAUUUAAAAUCGCACAUUUGCAAUUUGCGCGUUCGCCACCGUUGCAACUUAUGCGAUCGUAGUUUCACCCAACCCAAAUACCUGUCUCGUCAUCUCGGAGCCAUUCAUAACAAAAAAUAUAGUUGCGUUUCGUGUGGUAAAAACUAUUACUCGAAUAAGGAGUUGCUGGAACACAAUUGUAGUAAAAUCCCGAUUGCCGACAAGGAGCGAUUCAUGUGUCCUAUUUGUGAUAAAUUAUUCUUCCGUGAAAUAUAUUUGAAGAGACAUUUAAAAACGCACGACCAAAAAGGCAGAAAUUCAAAGCCGACUCAGAUCACUUGUGAUAUAUGCGGAUUAAAUUUAAUUUACACUUCGUAUUUCUCGCAUAAGAAGAAACACGAAGAGCCGUCCUAUGUUUGCGAAGUCUGUAAUAAGAAGUUUCACAGGGCUGAUUCGCUCAGAGAACACAUUUUGGUACAUCAAUCCAACGAGUACGAAUGUAAUAUUUGUCAUAAAAAGUACAAAACCAAAAAAGCAUUGAAUUACCACAUUAAACAGCACAAUGUGGGGUCAUACAAGUGUUCCCUAUGUGAUGCAACGUUCAAACUGAGUCAAAGCUUAAACAGACAUGUGAGAAAUUUUCACAAAGAAAAGGUGAAGCCAAACAAGAACAUGGAAUACUACAAUUGUCCAAUUUGUCAAAAGUCAAUUAAAUUGCGAAGUUCGGUGUUGAGGCAUUUGAAAAAAGCACAUCCUGAAGUGACCAACAUUGACUUGAACGCAAUUCGACCGAAAUUGUAUACAAAUAAAAAUGAAAACACAAAAAAUAAUAACAAUGAAAGUAGCGAGAUCGACGACCAAAUUAAUAAUUUGUUGAACAACGCCCAAAAUAACUCAGCGAUAAAUAAAAAUGCCGUUGAUAGUUUAGUAGAAGAGUUGGAUAUAAAUAACAAAAAUGAGAUAAAACAGACGGGAGAAGUGUGUGUGUCGAUCCCGGAUCUUACAGAAAAUUAUCAGGAAAUCACCUUAGAUAAAAAUGCUUAUAUCCUGGAUAAUGGCACUAUCGUUCAACCACAAGCAAACUCCGAAAAUGUAGUUAUUUAUGUUUUGGACCAAACGUAUUAAGAAUUUUUUUGAGAUUUUUGCCACAUUUUUGUUCAUUCAUUUUUAAAUAGAAUUCACGUUUGUUUGAAAUUUUAAUGUUUAGUGUUUGUUGCGAAAUAAAAUUUU